AUGGGAGCAGAUUGGGUGGCAACAGUUGCUUUGGGCAACUUGGCUAAAAUCCAAGCAAAUCAUGAAAAUGGUUCUUCAAAAUCAUACAGUCGUCUCCAGGUAUUCUGGGCACCCUUCCUUCUCUUGCACCUUGGUGGUCCUGAUACUAUCACAGCUUACUCUUUAGAAGACAAUGAGUUGUGGUCAAGGCACUUUCUUGGGCUUAUUGUUGAAAUUGGAGUGGCGCUUUACGUCUUCUUUCGAUCUUUCAACAAUACAGCCCUUACAUUUUUAUUCAUUCCUGUAUUUGUUGCUGGAAUCAUCAAGUAUGGAGAACGGACUUACGAACUUUGGUGUGCUAGCAACAGGAAGUUUAAAGAGAAAUUGCUCUCCACAAAUUCUAUGGCAGAAAAUGCAAUGAGAAUGGUAAUGGGAAAGAAAGAAGAAGAUUUUUCCGAGAUUGUACCAAUGGAGGAAACCAAAGAAAUUUCGGAUGGACAAAGUCUAGAAGACGACGAGUUUAAUAAUUCUAUAGAUGCAGCGCAUUUUUUGUUCAAGAGAUUGGAGUAUCUCUUUGCGAAUCUGAUACUAGGCUUUAACGACAGAAUUCGUUGCUAUGACAUCAUUAAGAAGCAUAAGUCAUAUGAAAAGGCCUUCGAACUUGUAGAAAUUGAGCUUGGAUUUAUGUAUGAUGUGCUUUAUACAAAGGCAAAACUCAUUCAAACGAAGAGGGGAUUUUUGCUUCGUGCCAUCAGCUUCUUUUCCUCUGUGUCAGCAUUAAUUGCCUUUUCAAUGGUCAUUGAUUUCCAUGUCUAUCAUCAAACCGACAUCUCCAUUACUUUUUUACUUCUAGCUGGGGCAGUUUUUCUGGAACUUUAUGCUUUCACCAUAUUUCUUUUGUCUGACUGGACAAAAAUCUGGUUGCAAAAGCACCGUGUGCCAAAGAUUAUUAGUUCUUUUUUCUUUCAUCGGAACAACAAGAGGUGGUCUGAAUCCGUAGCACAGCACAACUUGAUAACAUUUUGCAUAGGAGACAUCCAAGGCAAUUUCAGUUUAGUUCGGAAGUUGCCUCACUUGGGAAAAUUGUAUGAUGAGUACAAUCCGUACAGAUUCUUGUCUCGGAAAGAUUUGGAUGGUCUUAUGCAGAUGAUCUUCCAGCAUCUCGAAGAAAAAGCAGAUAAGAUCAAGGAUAAUUACACAGUGAAAUUGUGCAAAGAAGAGCUGGGUCACAGAGGCGAUCAUGUGCUCGAAAAAUAUGAAAAAAUCAAUGAUUUGGGUUGGAGCACAAUUGAUUUAGAAUUUGACGAAAGCCUUCUUUUGUGGCAUAUUGCUACUGAUAUCUGUUACCACGAUGAUUCUGACAAACACCGGCCAGGUGCAGGUAAUCUUUACAAACAGCUCAAAAUUAGUAAGCAAUUGUCAGAUUACAUGCUGUAUCUUCUAGUCCUGUGUCCAUCAAUGCUACCUCAAGGGAUUGCCAUGAAAGAAAAGGAGGUUGCGACGAAGUUGCUCGAGAAAAUCAGCAAAAGGCCAAUAACCCAGUCUAUACUAUCUGAUGGAUGUGAGCUGGCGAGAGAACUGCAACAGGAAACAGAUUCUGAGAAAAAAUGGGAGAUGAUAAGUGAAGUGUGGGUGGAAAUGUUAACAUAUGCUGCAAGUCAUUGUGGUUGGAGAGAGCACGGUCAACAGCUUUGGAAAGGCGGACAGUUGCUCACUCUUGUUAGCGUUCUUAUGGCACAUCUUGGCUUAAGUGAACAAUACAAUGCAAAAGAGGAAUUCUACCUUGUAUAA